AUGAUUCCUGAAUCAUCGAGCUUAUUUGAUGAUAAAACUCUUUUAGAACCAGAAGAGGUAUUCUAUCAGCAAGGAUUUAGAGAAGGACAGUCGAAAGUCACCAAGGCUGACCAUCUAGAAGGAAAACAGCUCGGCAUUCAAACUGGCUUCCAAAGAUUGUUAAUCGUUGGUGCUUUAAAACAGAUAGUGAAAUUUUUACAACUACAAAUUGACCAGAAACGAGAUCCAGUGUCCUCUGAAAUUUUUAUUCAUGGGAAACAAAGAAGCUACGACAAGAUUAGUCGACAACUCGAGGAGAUCCGUAAAAUGCUCAAUGUCUUCUUCGAUGGUAAUGAACGAUUAAACGUGAGAAACACAAGUCAAGAGGUGGAUCAGUUCGAGAAGCUCGUAAAGCGUAGCAGAGCCAAAGUCCGAUCUCUAUGUUCUAUGUUCGGCUAUACUGACCUCUACUCGCAGAUAGAGUCCAAUUGCCAAAUAGUAGGAGGUCAACUGCCUACAGCAGAUGUUAAAGGUGCAGAUACUGAUACUUGGUAA